AUGUCUCGCGGCGCCCCUCCUCCUCCCACAAUCACUAUCAACGCAUCAUCAGCCCCAACUCCAGCCACGACCAUAUCCUCGACACCAGUGGCAGCCGUCGCCGCUACACCGCGAGAAAAGGCCCAGAAACUAGUACUGGUCAAGACCUGCUAUCUCUGCGACGAGCAGAAUCCCGGCGACUUCUCGCCCACGACCAAGUUCCUCGAGGCCUGCCUCCUAUGCUCGAGAUGGUUUUGCCCGAUCCACAAGUCCGAGACGUGGGAUCAAGUAUGCAACAUCAAUCACGCGAGCUACUACCAUGACUGCUUGGUCAAGGCUCAGAAAGAGUUGGGAGACCAAGGAAAAGGAGGCGAAGACAAGCGUUCAGUCGCCGAGAUGCUGAUCAAUGAGGGCAUAUAUCCGAGUUUAGGAGAACGGGAAAAGGCCAUCUUCUCGACGAGUCCUGUUACUGAUGACAAGAUCCAGGAACUCGAACAGUAUCGCAGCCUUGAUGCGGCUCUGGAAGGCACGACCAAGACAGGCGGGCAGACGGUUGAAGAGCGGGAUGUUGUGGGAGCUGACAUUGCUGUGUGA